CGUAGAUUAACCACAUCUGCUUACCAUCUCCUAAAAGCUUAAAUACUUUCCACAUCAAAAAAUCAAGAUGCAGGACGCAGCCAAGGUUUUUGACCGAGAGGAGAUGGAUAGCGCGGUCAAGAAUCUUCGGGAGGAGGAGAGGAUUCUUGUGCAGGAGGCAAAGGAUGAGGCGACGAAUAACCUAUUGGUUACGACAACAAUGAUGGAGAACCAAAUUAUAAGGGUUACGAGUGCUCACGAGAAGGAUAAGAUGGAAAUGAAGUCUGCGAUAAGUGAGAUAGAGAAAAUUCUUAAGGGAUUGAAGGAUGAGUUAAUAAAGCUAAUGAAUGAAGUGAACCGCAAGGCAAAAGAAGAGAUGGAGAAAAUGGUUAAAAUGAUUACAGAAGCCCAACGGAAGGAAAUGGAGAAAUUAUUAGAUGAUAUGGAAAGGAAGUUGCGUAAAGAAACUGAAGCGAAAAUUAGGAAAAUGACCCUAAUGUUUUUGUUUGUUCUGCUUCCUUUUAUCAUUAUAAUUAUGUGUGUACGUGCUUUCUAAGGCAAGUGGAGGCGCCAGCGGUGAAGGGUGCAUACAUUCUCUAAUCAACAUUCUAUGAGGGCUAUUGGCGUGAAGAGUGUUUGCUUUUGCUUCUGUUUCAGUUUCAUUUGCUUCUUGUUUUUGCAUUAUAAAUAUGUGGGUAUGU